AUGGACGAAACAUAUUCGUCUGGACACCAACAAGAAGUCACUGGAACCGUCCAACACUACGAUCGGACGUUUGAACCGCAUGUCAGGAUUUUCGAACAUAUGGCGAUAAAAAGAGAAGUUUCACAAGCAUUGCAAUUAAUCGCACACAGUAUUGGAUCAGCGGGGAAGGAUAAUCAGUCGAAUUUAUAUUUCCCACCUGUUUUACGUGAUCGUUUCGAUGGUUCUGCAAAAAGGGAAAACUUGUUAUCUUUCGUUGCGACUUUUUUCACGACCAUAUGGGCAAACGAAACGAUGCAAGCAGACGACAAUGAAGCGAGUAUGCGAAAAAACGGUUACAUCAGAGGUCGUUCCCAUAAUCCAGUUCGUCCACAGCAGGCAUCGUUUGGUAUAACUCCAGAAGUGACCAAAAAUGGGUUCGCAAAUGACCCACCAUCUGAAAGUUCCGAAGUGUAA